AUGACGGGGUUUGUGUCGUCGGGGCCGUAUGAUGCCGCAUUUAUUCUCUAUGGCUUCUGGUACGACGGAAAUCUCCAUUUAUGUCAUGCUGAAACAUAUCUGAACGCGCUGGAGUGCGCGGCGGCGCUGGGCGGCAGCGUGCGGCCCAAGGUGUUCUCGUACAACGCCGUGUUCGAGCCGGCGGCCACACAGGAGGACGUGCUGCAGUACUCGGGCGUGACGCGCCUUAUCGACAUGGCCGUCGACGGCUACAGCUGCACCUGUUUCUGCUACGGCCAGACCGGCUCCGGCAAGACGCACACCCUCACCGGGCCUCCCGGACUUUUCGACCAGCGGCCCAACCCGUACUCGGAGGACCACGGGCUGGUGUUCCGGUCGUUCGUGCACCUCUUCAAGCUGCUGCAGGAGCGCCGCGACUGUCACUUCGUUCUCAAGGCUUCCUUCCUCGAGAUAUACAACGAAAAGGUGAUUGACCUGCUGAACCCGGGAUCGGCGCGGAAGCCGCUGGCGGUGCGCUGGUCCAAAAAGACGCGCAGUUUCUUCGUGGAGAACCUGUUCAGCGUCGACUGCGAGACCCUCGAUGACCUACUCGCCGUGCUCGAGGAAGGUAUGAGGAACAGGUCUGUGGGCAGGCACAACAUGAACGAGUACUCGAGUCGCAGCCACACCAUCCUGACGGUGCACAUCACGUCAGAGCAGCAGGUCGGCAAUGAAGGAGUAUUUUUAACGAAGCAGGGUAAAAUCAACUUCGUGGACCUGGCCGGCAGCGAGAUGACCAAGAAGACACACAGCGAAGGCAAAACGCUCGAGGAGGCCAACAACAUUAACAAAAGUCUCAUGGUGCUCGGGUACUGCAUCGCCUCGCUGAGCGACAGCAGGAAGAAAGCGGGCCACAUCCCGUACCGAGACAGCAAGCUCACCAAGCUGCUCGCAGACAGCCUCGCCGGCAGCGGAGUCACGCUCAUGAUCGCGUGCAUCUCGCCGGCGCGGUCCAACGUGACGGAGACACUCAACACGCUGCGCUACGCCGCCAGGGCCAAGAAGAUCCGCACGCAGCCCAUCGUCGUCAUGGACCCUCGCGAGGCGCUGAUCCUAAGCCUGAAGCGGGAGGUGGCGUCGCUGCAGGAGGAGAACGAGCACCUGCAGCACGCGCUGCACCUGCACGCCGCCGCCGCCGCCGCCUCCGCCGCCGGCUCCACGGCAGCCGCCGCCAGCUUCCUUGUAGGUUACAUCGUUUUGAAGCACAGAACACCGCCGGCGCCGGACGCGUCCGCGCUGGCCGGCAUGGAGCGCGAGGAGCUGGUGGAGCUGGCGAGGCACUACGUGGCCGAGAACGCGGCGCUGCGCAGGGAGAACCUCGAGCUGUUCAGCACGCGCGAGCUGCUGCUGCGCGACCAGGAGGUCGUCUGCCGCGAGAACGAGCGACUGCUCAAGAAGCUCGAGGACGUCAACUCGGUCUGCUGCCGUUCGCCCAUCAUCCCCGCGCGGCCGGCCUACUCCGCAGAGAUGCUGGCCGCCUCCAUCAACGGCAACGGCCCAGAGGCAUCAGCGGGCGGUCAGGCUACCGGCUCAGCGGUUUGGUCCAGCCCGACGCCGGAGGCUGCCAAGAACAACCGAAGAUCGGCCAAGCCACCACACAGAUUACCAGAUUCCAUACAGAAAGAACUUGAGCGAAGAAGAAUUGGCACCAGUAUGACGAACAUCGCGGACUCGUUCCGAGAGCGCAGCCACCGGCGGCACAACUCGUGGGAGGAGUCUGGGGGCGGCGGCGGCGGCGGCGGCGCUGGCAGCGCCGUGGCCAGCCCCGGGACGCCGGAGGAGCGGCCGGUGGUCACCACGUCACGCACCAGCGCUCUCAGGUGA